UCGCAUCUGUGAAACGAUAUCCGAGCUCCGGGCCGAGCGACAUGGCUGAACGUUCUGGCGACGUGGUUUUCAGGGUUGAUCAGAGUGACAAUGACUCAGACCUGUGGGAUGAUUCUGCUCUGAUUAAAGCCUAUGAUAAAGCCAUUAGUUGUGUUAAGGGUAUGACUGAUGAUGGAAGUGAGAAGGACGGAAAAAACAAACCUAAGAAAAAGAGAGGAGGGAAGAAGAACAAGAAGAAGAAGAACUUUAUACCAGCACAAACGAGAUGGAAAGUUGGGGAUCGCUGUAAAUCUGUAUUCACAGAGGAUGACAUGGUGUACAGUGCCAUGGUAACGAGCAUCAACAAUAAGAAAUCGUCUUGCAUCGUUAGAUACUCUGGCUAUGGGAACGAGGAAGAGAAGAGGCUCUCUGAUCUUUUCACGGAAUCCGAGGCGGAGGCCUCUGUAAACUCAAAAGCAGAGCUUGAGAAUGGGUAUGAUUCCAUGGAGUGGACAGACCACAGUCAGAGCCCCCUGCACCCCAGUGGAAGUGGUGCUGGCCCCAGGAAACGUUCCCACCAUCCUUACCCACCACACCCGCCACAUGUUCCACCACCACAUCCAGCAAGCAUGCCUCAACCCCUUGGCUACCCAAAUCCCUACGGCGGGACAUGGUAUCCACCCCAUCCAGGACCCCCACCUCCGAUGCCACCACCACCUCCGAUGAUGUCACCGUUGCCCUUUGCUCCAUGGGGAUCCCCAGCAACUACACAGAUGAUGCCUGGUUGGGGAGGAACUUCACCACAUCCUGCUUCUCAAACACCCCCACGGAUUCCUUCAAUGCCGCCCACACCACCUCCUCAUCCCCCUCUGCCGGAUGAUGUUGAAGAUAUGGACAAAGAGGCUCUGCAUUCUAUGUUGAUGUCUUGGUAUAUGAGUGGCUAUCAUACUGGUUAUUAUGAGGGUCUGAAGAAAUCAAAGAAAACCAGUGACAGUACUACCUCAAAGAUUAAGGAAGAUGAUACAACCCCAAGGAGAGCGGGGCAAGGAAGACAGUCUAGGGCAAAAGACGAGGUCAAGGAAGCAACUCCAUCUCAACCUGACGAGAAGUCUCAAGACAUCAGCCAGGAAUCAUGACAAUGAAAUGAAAUGGGGGUAUGAAGAGGAUGAAGUUGGUUUCCUCAAGUCAAGGUAGUAGGUAGGGGUAGCAUUUCUCUGCUUAUUAUUGUGAAAAGUGACAAGAAUUGUUUGAAUUGGUUUAUAUGUGAGAAGAAGAUGGAGUAGGGAAUAGAAAUCGCUCAGACAUCGGUUUUUGUUCCAUGUUAUUAAAGUGAAGUGCAUGUAUUGAUUUGAUGAGGAAAGUUAAGGCAAGUCUUUCACACAGGGAAGCCGCGUUUGGCUUUUCAUGACCAGUGCUCACAUUUUAUCAGAGACAAAUUAAUUGAGAAUGCAGGAAACCCACUAUGCAUAGACGCCUUUGUGGUGGAAUUCGUACUUAAAAACUCUACUCAGUCUUUUGACUAGUGGCAUAGGUUAUCUGAAAAGGAUUUGAGAAAUGAAGAUAUGAUUGUGAACAGAAAUCACUGUGAAACCAUGUUUGUUCCAUGUUAAGUAGAGUAUUGACUUGCAGAGGAGCAUUAUCUUGCAUGAUGUUGGAGUUGUAAGGUUGAUGAAAGGAUGAUGUCAUAGAACUGCCUUCGAAUAGUCUGAAUAAUCCGCCACAAAUUUGUUUAGUGGCUGGUUAAAAAGUGAGCUUAAUAAAUGACUUUUAUUUGAUCAUAGCCCAUAUUUUCAAGCGACGGAUAUGAGCCGAGGAUGUGACUCCAAUCUGCCGCAUUUCUCAUAUGUGAGACCAAAGUGGGAUUGAAAUAAAUUAAUGAAUAUUAUUUUCUGAGAUUUGAUACUUCAAACAUAAAAGUGGUCAAACAAGCCAUAAAAAUCAAACAAAUUGACUCAAUUCGUUUUGAUGUGAAUAAUAAGGGAAGAAUGUUGACCGCUCUGUGACAACAUAGUUCCUGAUCAGAAGAUGAUUAGGAAUUUCUAGGUACUCCAUAUAACAGUAUUUUUGUGCCAGUUGACUGUAAUAGCACCAGCAUUACAAGAGGUUUUCAGAAUGUUACUGUACAUUAGUGUUCUGGCACAUUUCCUGAAUGAUGACAUGUAUAUUUGUUAUUUCAUUCAACCCCUACUUUUUUCAGAGAUGGAACAGCAAUACAAAAUAAAUGUUGGCAAUGCAUUUGAUAAUGUUUAAGAAAUGGUAUUUGAUUUCACUAUUGAAUGAGAACUUAUCUUUAUGUUUAAAUGGUCAUUCAAAGGAAUAUCCAGUGAUUCAAUUAUGAAAAAUCAAUAAGGUUUUCAUAUACACUGUAUUGAGAUAAUACCCAAGCAAGGGAUAUACUUUAAAUAAUGUUCAUUAUCCAAGGAACCAAAUUACAAUCAACGAGGCUUGACAUCUUGGUUUCUAAUCCCAGUGACCCAAGAACAACCAUAUUAAUGUGCUAUAUUAAUACUUAUUAUUGUGUGCCUUGUAGAAUUCUAAAGGAGGAUCUCCCUGAGUCCCUUCUCUCAAUCACCCCAUUCUUUCUCUCCCCCUCUCCCCAUCCAAGUCCUUUCUCCCUUCGCCCCCAUCUCUCUCCCUCCCCUUCUCCGCUCUUUUUCUACAUCUCUUUCCAAUCCCCCCCCCCCCGCCCCACUUUCUAUCUACCACUCUCUAUUUUAUAGUUGGUCUUUUCAACUAUCAGAAAAAACACGGUUAUGAAUACUGUCUCAAUUUAAUUAUGGCUUUUAUGUGUUUUGCCUGACCAAACAAUUACAACAACUUAUUGAUGGACUAUAUUUAAAUCAAAUAAUGAAAAUAUUAUUCCCGGGCAUGUUGAUCAUUCAUUUUAGUAAUCCUAACUCUUCAAAUUCAUGAAUUGAUUUUUACAAUAAAUGACUUAUAAGCAAGUGAAUUAUAAGAAGAAUAAAUAUGUACUGCUAUAAAACAAUAUGAGUUUUUCUUUAAGCUGGUUUCCUCCUGAACCAUU